CUGCUCUGAACAAACGUACGGCAGUAAAACAUGCAUGUACAUGUACAUAUUUUGCUGUCAUUUUGCAGCCCUUGACGGUGCAAUGUUGUGAGGACAGAUCCAAUCAAUCAUGAAGAACUACCAGGAAGGUGGCUGGGGCUGGGUGGUGCUCUUUGCUGCAUUCAUGGCUCAGGUUUUCGUCUACGGAAAUCUCAAAGCGCUGAGUGUAUUAGCAGAAACGAUAGCGACGGAAUAUGACACACAUUUAUGGUUGGUAGGAUGGGUUGCUUCAAUGUCUAUGGCUGUGCAGUUAUUGAUAGGUCCUGUCAUAUCAUUUCUGACGCACAAAUUUGGCUGUCGUCUCGUCAUGCUAUUGGGUGGUGUCAUGGCAACCGUCGGGUACCUGCUGGCAUCAUGGUCUGGUACCUUCUUACAGUGGAGCGUCUUUAUCGUUGGUUUUGCAGGUGUUGGCUCAGGUUGUUUCGCCUACCCGUUUCUGGCUAUCAUUGCCUCAUAUUUCAAAAAGUACUACCCUAUAACCCUCCUGGUUGCUAAUCUUGGUAAAUCGUGUGGGGACAUGCUGUACGGUCCAAUCACACAAGUACUUCUUGAUACGUACGGCUGGAGAUGGACAAUGAUGAUCAUCUGUGGACUGACUUUCCACCUUGUUCCGUGCGCCGCAGUAGCCAAAGCGUCCAGGGUGAAAGACGACAGAAACGACUACCGCAGGAUUGCUUGUAAAGACAACGAGACCGACGUCACCUCGGAUAACAGUCAAGUGGAGAGCACACACUGCUGUAAGGCAAUACUGGCAGCAUUCGACUUUGCCAUCUUGACAGAUGUUCACUUCAUUUUGAUAACUCUGGCAAGUUGUGUUACGGGAUUUUGUUUCAUCGGUUGGGAGGUGUAUGUCGUGCCGCAUGGGAUAGACCAUGACUUGAACCCUACACAAUCAUCGUUCCUGCCAACUUUCUAUGGCAUAGGAAACUUCGUAGGGAAAGUCGUCGCAGCUGUAGUUCUUCAGACCUAUGUAAUCAACGCACGAUGGUUCAUGUGCAUUGGUGUACUUUGUGCAAGUUGUUCUCUGUUUGCUGACCCCUUUCUGACCUCUUUUGCUAGCCUUGCGGUCGUGGCGUGCACGGUAGGAUCAGGUAUUGCCAUCACCAAUACAGUCAAGUUCAUUUUGUAUCGUGAGUUGGCCUCAGAUGAUCAGUUGCUGAGUAUGUAUUCCUGGCAGGGACUGUUUGUAGGACUCAGCGAUGUCAUGAGUGGUUUCGCCUCGGGCUGGCUCUAUGAUGUGACUGGAAGCUUCAAGGCAACAUUCAUCCUGUUGGCAGGUCUACAGUUCUGUGCUUUUAUCUUUGUACUAUUGGACUACGGUAUAACGAAAUUCAAAGACAAGAAAUGAACUUACUGUAACAAACAUAAACAUUAUGCAGUCAUUCAUACUGCUGUGCUGCUUGUCACCCGCUUCGCGUAUAGCAGUAAUGAUCUCGGACAGAAGAAAUACGGAUUUUUUGUUAUGGUAGGCGAUUGUCAUUCCUUGCAUUUACAGGGUGACUCAAAAAGUGGAACCCAAAAACAAAGAAAUAUAUUUCUUAUAAGAAAAAUAUGUAACACCAAAUUUAAUUACAACUUUGAAGCCGUAUUAAACUAAUUUAAUUUGAAGUGAGGAAAUUAUUUCAAUAAUUUGCUCUACACGUUAAAAUUUUAACAAUAUUUUAUAAACGAAGUAACCCUAAAAUCAGUUUCGUCCAACAAAACCAAUUUAUUUCGUGAUCUGAUUGUUUGGAACAACAAAGAGAAUGACACAGAAUACUUGUUUCAAUAACUGUAGUACACAAUAUCUUUAUCAACAACCCUGCUUUGGCUGACAAAAGGAUUUGUAAAAUCCAUUUUUUUUUUAAAGACAGGCCUUCACGAGGACUUCGUUGAAUAUUUUUAACUUUCAUACUGAGGUUUUAUCGCUGGUGAUGUUUGAAGACGAUUGUAACGACACCUCUUGAAAUCGCAGCGGACGUAGCGGAUUUUAGGGUCAUUUCGUUUGAAUGCCGGUGAUAUAAUUUGAACGGACUGGGCAAUUGAAUUUUUGUUCAUCUAAAAGUAGUUUAUUCAAUUGGCUUUCCAGUCAUAAUUCAUUUUGGUGCUAAAUAUUUUGUUAAAUAUGAAAUAUAUUUCUUAGGGUUCCGCUUUUUUUUGGGCUCACCCUGUUUGUACCAUCUUUGACCUGUUUUAUAAUAAGCCUGUUAUUUCUAGGAAAGUCCGGACAGAGUGUGUCUAGGGCACUCAUGUAAACUGGAGUAUACCGCCAAAGGACGAACCGCGGAAGAAGACCAACGAUGGCACAUGGCAACCAGAGUUACUAGUCACUGCUUUUUGUGACUCGAGUCAAGUCGAGUCAUUAGGUCAAUAAGGUCGAGUCGAGUUGAGUCAAGUCACAGUGUGUAGUCGAGUCUAGUCGAGUCAAAUAUUAAGCUCGAGUCAAUUCGAGUCACGAAUAUUGCACUAUGUAACAAAUAAGGACAAGAGAUAAGUCAUUUGUAUCACUAACAGUUAAGAAGUAGAACUUCGAUUUUAUAUUCUAUCUGGUUUGGCUUCGAGGAGUUCGGAUCUACUUUUUGUUUUGCUGAUCGCUACAACAUUUUACCAAAUUGCAUUGUUCAUAACUAUUUCUGAUUAUUUAAACGUGGGCAUGUGUGCAUUAUAUUUUUAAAAGAGGGCAUACAUUUUAGCCGGCGUUUAAACCCAAAAGCUUAAUAAGGAAUCGACCGAAGCCAAUGAUGAUACCACGAUUUGGAAAAUGCGUUUAAAGUCCGCAGUUCCGGGAUAGUAUUUUGUGCAUUUCCAGAACCACUAAGUGGGAGUCUGUGACACGAUAUCUGUUUGUACGUGACAAUUAAGCUUUACUGCUGUACCGUGCUGUAUUCGUUAAUUGACGUGAACAUGAAUUUUGCACCCGUAAUUCAUUGCAAAUAUUUCUCGCAAGGUUUUGCUUUUAUUUUUGCGAGUCGAGUCAUCAUUUGCUCGUAGUGACUAAUUACAGCUCUGAUGGCAACGGAAGGUACAACCAGAUGUGCUAGUCUAUUAUUUUUUUCAGCAGACCAUCUGUGGAUAAAACAUGUUUACAAUAUUAAUUUUACGGGAAGAUACCAAACUUUGGCUCAAGGGGAUUAGCUGUGGGGGGAGUUAGUAUUAGACAUGUGCUUCGUUACCUGAAGAGCUUUCCCAUUUUUGCGGUCGAGGGGGCUCCCCCACCCCGUAGAUCCGCCGCUGAUACUACUUAAAAUAAUAUGAAAUGAUAUGAAAAUGUUUUAAGUAGCACUGCGGCUGCCACACAGCAGGUUCGAAUGGCAACUACAAUGGCAAUUUCUAUAAUGACAAAUUCAGUAUUACUUUCAAGUUUAAAUAAAUAUUAACCACUGCAAUAAUUAUAAAUUUUAAUAAAGUAAAACUGAUUAUAUGUAUAUAUUCUGCUUGCCCGGAGAUCUCCAAGAUUGAAUAUUUCGGAUUGGCUAUCCAUACUAAUUGUUAUUUAUAAUUUUAAAUGUCUGGUUUAAAGGAAAGAAACCUACACAAAGUCUCGAUCGAGAUUUGUUGAUUGAUUUGAUUAAUAUAAUUAAACUUAACAGACAGUCUUUGUUCACAAGAUCUUC